AUGACACUCAUGAAGCUCUACUUUACUCCAGUGCUGCUGCUCUUGGCACUCAGCUGCCCUGUAUGGGUGGUCAGCCGGUCGCUGCCAGUGACGGACAAAGGACAGAUGAACAACUCUUGUGUUUUUUAUGCACGGAUGCUUCUAGAAAACAUCGCCAAUGCUCUAACGCAGCCAAAGCUGUUCAGUGGGAUCAACUGCACAAGUCAGAACAUGGAGCUGAACUUGGAGACCAGAACGCCGACUGUGUGUUCGCCACAGGGUUCAACAUGCUCUGGAAUAACUACAUCAGUUUUUGAUCAGGAGUCAUGUAUUAUGGACAUCAGAAGGGAUCUGAGCCACUACUACAAAUUUCUCUCCGCUCAGCCAGAUCCUUACACAUUACUUGAUUCUUCUGUUCUCUACAGCCUCAGAGAGCUCAUGAAGAAUUGCUUUACGCCGUCUUUGCCAACACAUUUAACCUCAAAUGAGGCCCUUGUGAAAGUUUCCAACCACUUUGAUGAAAGACUGAGCCUUUGCAAAGUCAUGAAAGGCUUCCAGGUCCGCGCCAUCACCAUCAACCGUGCCAUCAGCUACAUGGACCUCGGUGAACACACUAACUAAAUCCUCAUCGACCUGUAAGGGAACAAACAGGCAACAAGGAACCACUUGUCAAUCGCAUAAACUACACGAAUGUUACAUUAUUUUUAA